UAUCAGAAAACGCUCCCAGGGCCAUGGAACGAUGCGGUAAUUGACAAAUCAAUUGGAAUAGGUGCAUCUUUAUGGUCUCUCUUGUUCAUCUUGACGUGUGUGGCUCCACGCGCAAAUGACGUUUGCAGGGCGUACAAGACACAAGGAGUGCCCCAAGCCCAACAGAUGAGCUUAGAAAAGAUUCACUGGCCAGUCGAGAGACGAGGAUCUGGGUUUUCUUCUUAACGAUGUGAUUCUCUUUGCUCCGAUGCCAUUUCCAGGUUACCUGCAUCUCGGAGGCCUCCAUACAGCUCUGUGCAACAUGGUGCAGCUAUAUAUCAGCUAUUCAAACCAAGGAAAUUAUAUUCUACGCUUAGAAGACACAGAUCAAACAGGACUCGUACCAGAUGCUGCCGGUAAACUCCAAGUGAGGCAAAGAGAAUCUUACUGCGACAGUUUCAAGGUACAAGAAACAUGUUUGGCUGGUGAUUCGACUCGGAGAGGAUAACUGGGUUCAUAAUAACGCCAAGUAUAUCUAUGGAGCAUGACUGUAGGUGCUACAGCAAGACGAGAGGGAUUUUUUUAUUUCGAAUACAAGAAUGCUCUAAUCAAAUGAUCGUAAACCAACUCAGAGAAGGAAACUCUGACGAUGAGGUUGUACUGAAGGAAGAAUUGCCACCGCUCCUUCAACUUGCAGAUUCGAUUCGCAAAAUCCUGAGUGGAGGAUGGUCAACCAAUUUCUGUGCGCUAUUUAUCCGGUAUCAGCCUUUUCUGACGAGCAUCUCCUUACCUAGAACAGAAAGUGUGCUUACACCUGCCAGUUUGAAAAUUGCAAAAUAAUUAUCAUACACAUGCAUAGCGUCGAAUAGUUGAUGUAUGCGAAUAAGUCUUUAUGCAAUGUAUUCAUAAGUUCUAUUCAUUUGAAUUACCGGGGCAAUAUUGUAUCAUUGAAAUGAACAUUAUACAUCUUGUGAAAGAUAUUGCAAAGCUUUUAAUAAUUAUUUGAAUAAUGUAUGUAUGCUGAAUGUAUUCCUUGCAUAACUCAUGAAUAAAUGACAGGCUAUUUUCAAACUGAA